UCGGGGAAAAGGUUCAGUGCAUAGCUAACUGCGUUUGAAAUCCCUUCAACAUACCCCUUUCACCUAGCCUAAACCUACAGUUAAAUUACGAAAAAAAUUCACACUAAACAAAUUCAACAAAAUUAACCAUUGGAACUCAUAGUACAAAUCAAGCAUUCGUGAUAAAAAGAAUUCGGCAACUAAAUCAGAUAAAAACGCACAUAAAUAAAACGCAGCAGCUAUAGACCAAAACAACAAUUUUCUACAUAAAAUAAAGCUAAGUUUCCAGUACAAUUUUUUUCGCGUGGCUUAUUGUUCAAAAAGGGCAUAUCUGAAAUAACAAAUUUUCGCAACACAUAACGUACGGACUUUUAAAAUAUUGAAACACUGUAUCGGGCAAAAAACAUCACAACAGACUCAAUAUUUCAAAAGUGCCGGUUAAAAAUUCUUUCAAGUAACCUCAAACAUUGAUAAUAAUAAUAAGGGCAAUCUUCCCUCCAGGUUUUUCUUUACACACACUUAGAUAUUUUUAAACAGGGCAACUAAAUAAAGGGCUAAGUUAAUUAACAAUAGAAUAACAACAAUUGACGAUUAAAUAUUGAUUUAAAAGCGAUUACUAUAAUUUGAACGACUCAGUUAAUCUUAACACAAGUUAAUUUCAAACAUUUCGAACUAACUGAAACGUCUGUGAUCUUUAUAUAUAAAAAAGAUAAUAAUUAUUUCGCAGUUUAGGUGUGCAUUUAUCGAAAAAAAUUCUUCAGUUAAAACGAAAAACAUAUUUUUCCAAAUAUACGACUCUUGUGCCUUAUUGUCGGCCUUAAAAACUUCCUAUUAGAAAAGUUUGUAUAUUAUUAAAAAAAUAAUUAAAAAAAAAGAUAAUAAAAAAAUCGAGAAGGAAAUUCGUGGCUUAUUUUGGAAAGUAUCAAAUUGUUAGUAAAAAUUGUUAAAAUUUCCUAAUUGUGACUGAAAACCGACCAUCUUCAUCAUUCCAACCAACCGAAGUACACAUAAUCUCAGGAUUUUCGACUUCAACAGACAACAUCAAGGAUUAACAACCCCCAUUGGACCCUAAGUACACUGGUAUUUAAAAGGGACCAUCACGUUUAUCAUCAGUUGAAAGAAACACAGCUGUUGGUGAAAAAAACAACGAACAAAGACAGACAUAGGAAGAGGUGAUACCAGCACCCCUAAAGCACGAGGCUCAUUCGAAAUCUAGUAGCCAAAGUACAGCGAUCGACGAAAGAAUCGCGCGUGACGUUUCGUACCACAGAAACGUCUCAGGAGAACAGUGCAAUAUAAAGUGCAAAAUUUCCUCGUUGUGAAGAACGUCGCACCGACGGCCUAAAAAUAGGCCAAAAUUCCGAAAUUUUGGACAAUUUCUCGAAAAUCUUCAACACGGAGGAACAGACGCUCAUCAACAAUAUCAAAGUCGAACAUGAGAAUCUUGUAGCGAAGUGGCUGCAGAAUUCCUUCAAAAUUCAAGAGAAUACCGCGCUCGACUUGAGGGCAACGCCUCUGUCGCUACAGAUACCGCCAAUGACAGAGGUGAACAACAGACCGGUAUUCAAGAUGAACAACGACUUCUGGAACCAGGCCAGGGGGCCGCCUCAGAUGAUGGCUCAGAACCUGAGCAACUCCAACCAGAAUUCCCCGGUGCCGGGGAGCGCUAACUCCAUACCGGCCCAUUCGCCAUCUCAGCACAGCACCUCCUCGCAAAACCAGAACCACGUGAUGUCUCAGAACCAGAUGACGAUGCAGCAGCAACAGCAGAACCAGCAGGGUCAGCAGCAGGGCCAGCUGCAGCAGCCGCAGCAAUCCAACACGCCCAAUUCGCACCCGCAGACGCCUCAGAAUGCUCAGCAGAUGACGCCCAACAGUCAGAUGUCGCAGCAGUCCAACAAUCAUCAGCAGCAACAGCAGCAGCAGCCUCAGAACAACGGGCAGAACCAGCAGCACACGCCGCAGAUGGGCAGUCCGAAUACUCAGCAUCACAAUCUGCAGGCGGCGCAUGCGCACGCGCUGGCUCAGCAGCACUUGGCGCAGAUGACUCAGCACCAUCUGGGCAGCGGGCAGAAUUCGCCCGAAAAAUUGCACGAGAAACUGGUCAACGACAUACAGUUGCUCUCCCAACUAACACUGCCGGAUAUGAGUCUCCAAAGGAAUACAUCCUCCUCUUCUAUCAGCGAAAGGACCCUCGAAGAAUGCUGGACAACCCUGCAGCGACUCUUCAUGACGAAGUCGAUGCACAUGCACGCCAGGGAACUGACAGGUAGAUCGGAAGUCAAGCCACACCAGUGCCAGCAGUGUCUGAAGAGUUUCAGCAGCAACCACCAGCUAGUUCAACAUAUUAGAGUCCACACCGGCGAAAAACCGUACAAAUGUUCCUAUUGCGACAGAAGGUUCAAGCAAUUGAGCCAUGUACAGCAACACACAAGACUGCAUACAGGUGAACGUCCCUACAAAUGUCACCUUCCCGACUGCGGCCGAGCCUUCAUCCAGCUCAGCAACCUCCAACAGCACCUUAGGAAUCACGACGCCCAAGUGGAGAGGGCGAAAAAUAGGCCUUUUCACUGUAACAUCUGCGGAAAAGGCUUCGCGACUGAGUCAAGCCUGAGAACUCACACGUCGAAAGUAAGCCAUUGCAUUGGUCGUUUGCAGCAACAUGCAGCUCUUAUCGGAGGACCAAAUGCCACCACCUGUCCGUUGUGCCAUAAGAUGUUCAUCGGCGGCGAAAGCCUUAUGGAGCAUAUGAAACACACCCACAAGGAUCCCAACGCUUCGGGUGUAGCCAUUGACGUCAUCGAUCCUUAUUUAGCGAAGAGAAGGACAGCAAAUCAUCCUUGUCCAGUAUGUGGCAAGCAUUACGUUAACGAAGGAUCUCUGAGGAAGCAUUUGGCUUGCCAUCCGGAAACGUCACAAUUAUCAACCUCUUUGAGAAUGUGGCCAUGCUCAGUGUGUCAAGCCGUUUUCACUCACGAAUCAGGUCUUCUGAGCCAUAUGGAGCACAUGAGGAUGGACCCCAAACAUCAGUUUGCUGCCCAGUAUGUGCUAUCUCGGGCUGCUGCUGAGAGAAGGGAGAGGGAGACUCUUCUAGCAGCUGUGUCGGCAUCUGCUUCAGGCAGUGGUUUGCUUCCGAUGCCUCCGAUGCCUGGUCAAACAGGAGGUAGCCCCAUGUGUGCAUCACCAAGUGCUCACAGUGAUAGUUCAUCAGGCAACGGUAGACUCUCUUCGACUGGAUCCGAUGCUGGUGGACUCAAUAACAACAAUAACAACUGCAACACCAAAUUGGGAGAUAUACUCAGAAGUAAUAAUGGACUCCACCAACAGUACAACGUGGAAGAGCAGCUUCAUAACGCCAACAGGAUGGCGGCUUUGGCGAAUAUGGUUAGCCAAGGCGGUGUACCUCCUGGUCUUGGAUCAGAUCCAGCCUCCAACAUCGCCAACAUAGCUAAUCUGAUGCGAUUAGGGGUGACACAAGCCAACCAGGUGAACAAUAGCAACCCCUCGACGCCGCCGAUCAACAACGACGCGCUGUCAGCUGUCAACGCGUCUGUCAACGCCAUGAACGCGAUGCGAGCCUCGAUGGAAAGCAUAAGGAACAUGGAUCCCAUGAGGUCUUCUGUGAUGGAUUCCCAGCAAUCGCAGCAACAGGAGGCGCUCAGGAUGCAGCAGCACGCAGAGGCUCUCCUGAGGUCCCAAGCGGAGGCGGCCUUGAGGCUUGCCAUGAGCCAGGCCUUGCCCCAGCUUAACCAGCAAGAUAACAGCAAUCCUCUUCGACACAAUGGUAACUAUCAAAGCCAUCAGGGUCAGCCUUCACAGCAGCUCAGUCCUGACCUCACUGAAGCCUUGAGGCUGCAAGAGCAGAGAUUAGAACAGGCCUUAAGGCUGCACGGGAGCGAUCCAAGGUCUCUCGGAUUCUCGCUGAGCGGUCAGCAACAGAAUCAGAACCAGCCGUGAAAUUUCAGCUACUACUGAACGUGUCUUACGUUGAACAUAGAAAUAUAUGAAUACCUGUACAAGUAUGUAUGUAUAUGUACUUAUGUAUAUAUAUUUACAUAGGUUCUUAGAACUGGUUAUUGUUUUCCUCACAUAAUCAUCUCGUUGAACGUUUUUUCUUAACUUUUUUCUAAAUUCACAUAUCCAUAUCAACACAAUCGUCGGUAUACAAGCUAAUCGGAUUGAUGAAUCGAUCGAGAUCAAUGAUAAACAGCCAAAAUUAAGCAUGAAAAUUCAACAUCAAAAUUGAGACACCAAAAAUAAGUUAUAGGGAAGCUUUUCAAUUCCGUCGGCUAAGCAUUAUGAGGCCUUCUCCUUCAAAAUGUCUACCAUUAUUGGUUUUCCUUUUUGAAGAGGUUCCCUUAUUAUUCUACCUUUACUCCUUCACAAAAUAAAUUGAGUCAGAAUUUUUACUUGCACUGAAUUAUUUCUUGUUUCUGUUUAAUAUUUUUAUUAAUUUUUUGUAGUCGAAACAUUUUCUUCUCGUUUUUUAAAAUGAUAAUUCCGUCCUUGCUCUUCAUUUAAAUUUUGUGGAAUAAGUGGAAUACGAUUCCUGAAUAGCUUGUAUACAUGUUCAAAAAGAAAUAAAAAUAAAACUAAACAGAAUGUGCCAAAUAGAUCAAACUUGAUUAGACGUUCGACUCGUUCAGUUUCACUCAAUGACUAAGUCAUUAUCAAUUAUACAAAUCGCACUUCGAAAGUGCAGAAAUCAUUUUGAAAGGAACGAUAAAAUUUGUAUAGUAUAAGUGUUGAAAAUUUAUACCUCACGGUAUAAUAUACUUAAGAAAUAGGUUAGGAUACUGUAAAUAUAUACAAAAAUUGAGAAUGGUGAGCGAGAGUGCGAGUAUAUUAUUUAGAUAGAUGUUAAUAGGUACGUCUUUUUUUGCAACAUCAAAAUUUUUUCUGUGAUUUAUUUUCGAGAAUUAAAAGCAAUAAAACUGAAUAAUUUUAGUUGGGAUCUUUGAGACUCGUUUAUCAUCAACAAUUAGAUUAGGUCGAGGAUAAACGAGACAUCACAAAGAUCCCACUGUUGAAUGCAAUUAAAAUACUGUGAUUAGAGAAAAUAUAUAAACUUGAUUUUUUAUUUUUUUUUGUCAAUUCGAUAACGUGGCAAUUUCCUGAUAAAAUUGCUUUUUUGUUACUAGCGAGUACAAAGGGGAUAAAGUGUUCCUUUUUGAGUUUUUAAUAAUGCGAGUAUGUUCGAGAGAGUGUGUAUAUUUUAUUUUUUCAUAUAUAUAGAACUUUGAAAACAGAGUACUUACAACAGAAUUUAUAUAUACAGAGAAUGUGAAUAUGUAAAAAAUAUUUUUCCUUUGGAAAUUUAACAAAUUUAUAGGAAAUUUUUUUAAUUUCGAACAAACCUAUGUCUGAAAACUAUCAAUUUUUACGAACUACAUUGUUUCGAUAUCUCGAAAUUCAACCGAUUGUAUAUAUCGUAUAAAUAUAUUGUAAAUAAAGCACAACAACAUUGAAAAAUAUUUUUGAGGCAAAAAUCGAUUUGGGAACGUAUUUUGAAAAAUUCAUCAGUUUCGGUCUUCAACAUUAAUUUCUGUAUAUAUUCUGAAAAUACUCAGUUGAGCGUACUCCACAAUACUUGCAAUAGUCAUUUAUAGCCAAUAGUUGAAAAAAUACAAUAGAUACAGGAUAGCAGUCUCUGCUAUGAUUUUCCCUCAAAAGUGACGAAGAAGUGACAUAUUACUCAGAGUAAAUAACACAGUUUUCAUUCGUGAAAGAUUGAUUUUUGGACGGAAUACAAGGUGAACUUAUAGCUCUUAGAUAUUUGGCGAGAAAAUUCAACAACCAAGUGAGUUUCACUAUUUUCGGCGUAACAAUCAUAAUUAUAAUAUAUUCAGAGCGGGUUUCCGAGAUAUUCAUGAAAAUUUCACAGCAUAUUCGGGUGAUUUACAGGUCAUUAUUCACGCCUGUCAAACGUGAAAGAAUAUCCUCGAAAUCACCAUUUUACCACCAAACGCGACAACAAUGCGGUUUUUUUGGAAACCGCGACAAACUCUACCGAUGAUGACGCCAUAAUAAAAUACAUGAAAAAAAUAAUAAGAAAUAGCCCAGUUGCACAGAGUGCUUCAAACAUUUUGCCCACUAUAAUAACAACCGUUAUUAUCCUUCAAAAAUUAUACAAUAGCCCAAUCAAGGCUCGGUUCCUAGGGGGGCGGGCGCGUGCGCAGCCCUCGUCGGAGUCGAGCGUUGAAUUCAAAUUUUUAGCAAGCCCUUGGGGGGGUCUGCCCAGGCCCCCUCCACAACCAGUGUAUUUUACAUAAAUAUUCGAGUCUAAAUGCCCGAACGGACAAAUAUUUAUUGUAAAAUUACAACAAAACAAAUUUUUUUUGCAAUAGCCCACAAUACAUGUGCAAAUCUGCACGCGUUUUCAAUGUUCAAACCAGAUUUUUUUUAACUACAUUUUUCCUUGUUUCAAUCAACCGACUGAAGGUGUUUCGUUCUCAAAGCAAGAAGGGACUCAAAAAAAAUAUGCUGUAGGCCGUGUAUCCUCUGUAACCGCUUGAUAUGCAGCUUUUAACAUAGUUAUUUUCGAUACUUUAUCGAUGGCUUCUAUGAAACACGACAAUAUUCAUUUGAACUCAAGUUUCCAACUAUUUUCAUGUCUCCUGAAUCUUCUCUACUAGGUGUUUCAUGAUUUCUAUAUUUGUAGUGUAUUGUAUGUUCCCCCAGCUUUGCCAGGUAAGCUUGUUAGAGCAUAUAAAACUAAGAAAAGCCCUUCUUGUGAACAACAUCCAAUCGGUUGUCGAUCUUAAAAUUUUUUCUUUGCAAUAGUCAAAACGCAUGAGUGUUCUUAUGCUAUACAAAAAAUCCGGUAUACCACACUUAUGUUCAAGUUUUUCCAACUUUGCAUGGAAAAUUCCGCAUUUCCAAUUUUCAUUGCAGAGUUUACCUUCGUUGAUUACAAUAAUAUAUUCAGAAUUCAUAAUAUACAAAAUUAACGGAUACAGGUUAAUGAAAAAAAAAAAAUACAUCGCCAAAAUUCAUAGCAGUUACAUUACCACACUUAUAAUUUUUAUUUAUGUUUAACCUUCAGUUACUCUUUGAUAGCGUGACAGUUGAGAGAACAUUUUUGGUCCGUUUUAUCUUAAUUCGAACAAAUCGACACAUGAACUUAAAAACUAGGAAAUCUAAAAGUCACUUUUGGGAAACACAAAACAUUUCGGCAAUUCCAGAUAUUCAAAAUCUUUCAAAAUCAAACCGAUCACAUUCGGCCAUCCACUUACUCAUAGUAAACCCAAAUAGUUAAUAAUAUAAAUGUUAGUUGUGUUAUAUUGCAAUUUUUUAAUGUUAAGUUGUGUUUUUUCGUAUACGUCAUACUGUAAGUUAACGCAUCGUACAACAUUGCUCUUGUAUACUUGAAUCUGUACACUAUUUCGGAACUGACUGUAUCUCAACCAUCCAACAUCAUUUUAUGACUCCAAAACAAAAACAAAUUAAUAAACAUUUCAAUCAAAUUUUUCUUGUUGUAUGGUUUGAUGGAGAUAUUCCUCAAUAAAAAAACCAUAGAUGCUGUCUGAUGUUAAAGUUGAUAUUGCUCAAACCUUAUCACGUACAUAGCGCAGAUAAAUAGUUAAAUGUUUCUUGUUAAAAUCGAUGUAGCUGCAAUAGAUGAAUACAAGUUUUUGUUGAUUGUAUCCGAAGCAAUAUCAACUGAUAUUUAGUUUCAAGUAUGCAAAGUUGGUUCGAGACAAAAAGUUGACACUUUCAGUUCAAUACAACAAAACCAAACAUAUCUGAAGAAAAAACGAAAAUAAACAAUGUUGUGCGAAACCUAUAUAUUCAGUUUUACUGAUAUAUCCGAUGAAUAUUGGAUUUUAUAGCAUUGUCUUGAGAAUCGUUAUUUAAUAGUUACUUUCGAAGCUCAUGAAAGACAGUUUUAGGUCACUAGGUCGAAUUUCGAUGAAGAAAUCGAAGAUCUGACUCAACCAAUUCAAUAAGCAUCACAGAAUCUAGUCUAGAAGAUGUCAUCUCAAAUGAUAACGAUAAAACUGUAGAUAUCAUACAAAGAACAAAGAAGCGAAAUUGAAAGAAAAGAGAUGAUGAAAUAAAAAAGCAGUGUUUCGCGAAGCAGUCAGAUUUCUUCAAUCCUAAUUUGUCCAGCCUGUUCAAAAAUCAUUGAGGCUCAAAAAUAUUCUAGUUUCCCUAACUGUGAAUGUUGAAACUACAGUUGAAUUUUCUUUUGCUUUAAUGUAUUUAUUGAAUUGUUAUAUAGUUUAAGUUAAUUAGGUGUUGAAAAUAUUCAAUUUGAAGUUUGAUAUUAUUUGAAACGUGCUAACAAAAAUGAAUAUUUUGAACAAGUCUUCUGGAGUUGUUGUAUAUCAAGAGUGUAAUGUUGAAGUAGAUUUAAGUGAGUUAUAUAAUAUUUUUAAUUUUUUACAAUAUUUGCCAUUUUAUUUCUCAUUUGACUGCCAUUUCGAUAGUAACUUAUGCUUUUUUUAAUUAAUGUUUAAGUUCCUAUACAUAUAUUUUUUGAAGAAACUGUAGGUACAUUGCAGAAUUUUCGCGUGAAUGUUGUAUAAAUGGAGAAUUGUUCAACUUGUUAAAUUAUUGUUUUGUAAAUUUGGAAAUCACUCAAUUACAUACACUCGAAAUUGUACAAAAAUUUGUAAAAAUUUAGACAAAUUGAUAUUGAAAAAUUGUACAUUAUAGGGACUAAGGCAAUAUACACGGUGUGUAAUUGACACUUUCCACAAAAGUUUUCGAAAAUUUAGUACUAGUGAAAUUACCUUAUCUGUGAAAAUUGAGGCAUUACAAAUUCGACUUAAAGAAUUAAUUUAUAUGGCACUAGAUCAUCAACAAAUUGUGAAUUAGAUGAAGAAAUUAUGUUAAUGUUUUUGAAGGAAUCAAAAAAAAUCGAAAUUUUGAUGUAUGAUGUAUGUGUGACAAAUGUAUCUAAUAUCUGAAAAUAGCAAAUUGCAAAAAUUA